UGGCUGGCAACACUGUCAAAGGAAGCAUCUGCUCGCCAAUCGCCGGCCCUGGGCUGCGAGUCAAGUAUCCAACUUUAAACCGAAUUGUGACCUUGGCACGCUUGCCCAGUCGACGCACCCUGGCAUUACCCCGACACCUAAUCUCUGCACUGCCAGGCAUAUACGGCGACUAGGAACUAGGCGUCGGCACUCCGCUUCGGCCCUUCGUCCUCCACACACUCAACAUGAGCGGCGCGGCCCAGCAGCGCAGGCUGGUGGUGGUGGACGUGGACACGGGCACGGACGACGCCCUGGCCCUGCUCAUGCUGCUGGCCGCGGACGCCGUGGGCGAGGUGAAGCUGCUGGGGGUGACGUGCGUGGCGGGGAACACGCCACUGGCCAACGUGUGCCGCAACACGCUGCGGCUGCUGCGCGCCGCCAACCGACUAGACAUUCCCGUGUUCGCCGGGGCCGACGGCCCUCUGGUCACGGACAGGCCCGUCACCUCGCACCCCUUCCACGGCCGGGACGGCUUCGGCGACCUGGACCACGAGGCUUUCCCCGGAGACGAUUCCGAACUGGACGGCUUUCUUCAGAAGGAGAACGCCGUCGCCGCCCUCAACCGGCUCGUGUGUGAAAACGAAGGUGAGGUGACGCUGGUGUGUCUCGCGCCGCUCACCAACAUCGCGCUGGCCGUCCGCACCUACAGCGCCUUCAAGAAGAGCCUCAGGGAAGUCCACAUCAUGGGCGGCAACGUGCGCGGUCACGGCAACACCACCCCGGCCGCCGAGUUCAACUUCUGCACGGACCCCGAGGCGGCCCACGUGGUGCUGGAGAGCCUGGCGUCCACGUGCCCCGUCCAGUUGACGCCGUGGGAGACCUGCACCGACCUCGCGCUCCCCCUGGACUGGCGGCUGGACGUGCUGCCCAGGGAGGGCGGCGUGGCGUCGGGCGACAACCUGGCGCUGCAGCUGGUGACGGAGGCGGACCGGCGCGUGCUGUCCUCCAACGCGCGGCCCUCGUGGGUGUGCUGCGACCAACUUACGGUGGCGGCGCUGCUGCGGCCCGCCCUCGUGCUCCGCCACCAUCUCCGCCACGUGACGGUCGAGCUGGGCGGCUGGCGCACGCGCGGCCAGAUGGUGCCCGGCUGCGUGAGCCUGGAGUCGGGCUGCCGGCCGGGCUGCGUGGACGCCCAGGGCCGCCGGCCCGUCCGCGUCCUGGACGCCAUCGACAUGGACGCCUUCAAGCAGCUGCUGUGCUGGGCGUCGCGCCGCUGGACCCGCCUGCCCCGGGUCGCUUGAGGUCGAGGCUGCCUGCCGGCGUUCGCCUCCAGUGUUUCCCGCCCCCGUGUCGAAAGGGCUGCCAACCUCGGGACUUGAGACGCUGGACCUCGAUUGACCGUCUCGCAGGACAAAGCCCCUUUGAGGUAUUGCCUGUGCGCGGGGCGAGGUUGGCAACCCUUUUGACACUAAUGAAUCGUGUGAAUUUUUGCCUACUCAUUUGACAAAACUCAGACAGCGGAAGAGAGGGAAGAAACGUGAUUGUAAUCCAUGAAAUUGUUGACGUAUUUUUAUUUUUGUUUGAACGUGAAUUUUUAUACGCACAGUGCUGAAGAAAAUAAAACUAUGUAUAUUUUCACGGUAUUUGACGCCAA